CGAUUCUGUCUCUUGUCGCGAACAGACGUUUGGGAAAUAGUUCACGGUGCGAGUGACGUGACAGUGCAAAAAUUGAAUACAAAAAAUAAAGCAAGAGGGAGAGCAAAUAAAAAACAGCAAAAUUAGCUGGAGGGGCACAACAACAAAUUUGAUACAUACCUAUAUAUACGUGCUUUAAUAGUGAAACACACGCACACGCACACAAGUUGCUCGCUCGCCCGUACAUAUAUUUAUCGGUGUGUGUGUGUAUAUAGAGGCGGCUGGUAAAAUUCCACUGUGAAACGAAAGGAAGUUAUGGUUUUCUGUGGCUCUAUUCACGUACCAUAUAUAUUAACAAAACAAAUAACAGUGUGUGCAUAAAAUUGAUAAAAGCUAAAAACGUGUAAACAAAAAUUAAACAAAAAACCGCGCAGCAAUCACGUUUUCCGACACUAUUUGCGUUUCUUCUGUUGUUUUUUGUGUGGAUACCGCGAACGAGGGAGAAUUCUUCCAACAAGUGCACCUUAAUUGAAGCUCCAGUAACAGAAGAAGGAGAAGUACGAAAUAAAAACAGGAGGAGGAGUAAACGCGUUAUCGCUAUCGUUAUCGCACCCACACACUAGCAAACGCACACCCAGUGAUAAGCGGAAAAGAGUAAACAGGCGGUACACACUUAUCAGCAUUUUUCACUCGUUCCAACAUAAAUAAACACCCCGCUUCGUAAUGCCAUUCUAAAAUUUCGAAAAUAUAAAUCCGGGACGUGAAACGUGAGAAAAGUACCCGAAAGAAAAAUAUCUCAUCUCAGCUUGAAAGAGAAAAGUAACUCGCCGCGCAGUGAAUUCGCCGCACAGCCGUCGACUCGACAACCUGUUUGCUCGCCCAUAAAUUCGCCCCGGCAUUUAUCUCACAAUUAUUUCUGCACUGACGUAAGGAGGAGCACUUCCACCAUUCCACCGCAACUGCAGCAAACCACGUCGACGCAGCAGCAGACGCAGCAGGCGCUCCACAAAACGUUCACACUGCCCAGGAGCGGAUUCGGUGCGUUUCCAGUCCAAGCAGCCGGAGGAGGAGGAGGCGGAGGCGUGCGGAGCGGUUCCGUCAGUGGAUCGAGGAGCAGGAGCCCCAUUGGCACCAGCAUGGAGCCCUAUUGGAACGAGUCGAACGGACAUGCCGCCCAUCCGGUCAAGUAUGAGAGCGAAGCAGCUGUCUCCAGUUUUCCUUAUUGCACAGAAUCUAGUUUAAAUUUUUCAACAUCAGCCACGGCAUACAGCGAGGACGAUGCUGAAUAUGCCACCGGAAGACGUAAUAAGACAUCGAGGCAAGACCCACUUUCCCAUCGAAUCAUCGAGAAACGGAGACGAGAUCGCAUGAACUCCUGCCUGGCGGACCUGUCCCGCCUCAUCCCGCCGCAGUACCAGCGCAAGGGGCGUGGCCGGAUCGAGAAGACGGAGAUCAUCGAGAUGGCCAUCAGGCACCUGAAGCACCUGCAGAGCGAGUGCCAGCAGAAGGAGAGCGACUACCGCAGUGGCUACAUGGACUGUAUGAAGGAGGCGGCCAAGUUCCUCUACGACGUUCACAUGCAGGACUUUUGCCACCGACUACUGGGUCGUCUGCAGGAGCACAUCGAUGAGAUGUUCAAGACGGACUGCUACAAGUCGACGCGCAGCUGCCACAUGCCGGAUAAUGUGAGCGCCUCCAGCGGCAGUCCCCACCAGGCGUACCACCCACCGCUGUGCCACCUGCGUGAUAUGUUGGCCACCUCCGCCUCGGAUGUGGAGCACAGUCAGGACCAUAACGACGUCAAGGAUCUGAGUUUCCGGAACCAUCUCAACCAGCUGCAGAGGAGUCAGCAGGCAGCGGCAGCCGCAGCAGCCGCAGCCGCCGCUGCAGUCGCCAAUGGCAGUUCGCCGGCUUCGAAUGUCGGUAUGGAUUCCAAGGUCCCGCUGACCAAUGGUGGCGGCACUGGUGGAGCACCGCCGGCAGGUGAUAAUGUGCCCAGUAAUUCCACGGGGAGUGGACCAGCAGGAGCGUGUGCUGGGGGAAACAGCAACAGCAGCGGCAGUAACAGCAGCAAUGCAGCCAGUUCCACCACCUGUCCGCCGGCCGGAGGUAGCUGUCCAGCCAAGAUCACACCACUGGCGGCACACCAGCAGCCCCACCAGGCACCAGUGAUCACUUCGACGGCCCCGCAUCAUCAUCACCACCAUACGGACAGCAGCCACCAUGACUUCGAGUCAUCCAGGGAGCCGAUCCUUCACACCGAUACCUCUAACAUGCACUCGCCACCGCCCAGGGAUCUGCUGUUGCAGCAGCAUCCCCACCUGGCCCAUAGCCACCACACCCAGGACAGUCUGAUGUCCGUGAGGAUGCGCAACUAUUCGGAGUCCUCGCACGAGAUCGAGCACAACAACAACUACAAGUACAAGAACCACAUCAAGGAGCGGUUCGUCCACGAGCUCCACGACGAGGAGACGAGCAGCGAGCAUUGCCCGGUGGCGGCCCACCUCCAGAGCGACCACUCCCACUUGCAGGCCUUGUCGGAGCACUCAAAGGACGGCACUGAACCCGAAAUAGCCCCCAUUAUGGCCAAGAAGCGGAAGUUGGCCGAGGCAGCGGCCAAUGGAGAAAUACCCCUAGAGGUUCACACCGAGUCCAGCAACGCGGGAGCGAGUUCCGCCAACCGGCUGGACAAGCCCUCGCCUUCGUUCAACUUUAGCGAUAUCAAGGACAUAAAGGCGGAGCUGCACAACGGCAACUCAAACUCCAGCCCACUGCUGGCCAAACUGAGUGCGGUGGCUGCUGCCGGCGGCCAGUUGAGCACUCCGAGUAGCACAACCGCACCACUGCCGCCGAGGCACACCUUCACGGUGCCCAUAUUCGCACUUCACGGACAGGGCAACUACUACGUGCCCCUGAACGUGGACUACAAUGCACUGGUGCCCUUCCUCAACGGCAUGGAUCUGCUCGAGAAGAGCUACACCAGCAUGCCCGUGGUGCACCCCAUCAACAUCAAUGUGAACUUCAUGCCCAGUUCACCGUCCGCAUCGCUCUUGGCCGCUGCUGCAGCCGCCGCCGUGGCCGUUGGCAAGCAACAGCAACAACAGGCUGUGGUGGCCGCCGGAGCGGGACUUCCGCUGUCCACCAACUCGGCGGCGGCUCAGGCGGCCGCUGUGGCCGCCGCAGCGGUGGCCAAGGCCAAACUGGAGCAGGCCAUGAACCAGAGCUGGUAAAGCAAAGCAAUCGCAAUGCAACGGGUCGACAGAUGGAACAACACUACCUCAGUACUUCUGUGAAUAAUCAUCAAAUGAUUAAUCUCAAAACAAAAACACUAAGCGACAUCUGCGCCCAAGUGUACCUACAUACAAACAGAAAAAGUUAAUGGAAAGGGAGGAGGAGAAGCAAACGAAUUCACUGGGGGUGAUUCUUAAAUCUCUGGCGGAUUAAAACCAUAGUUAGGUCGUGUAUCUUGUUUUACGUUUCUGAGCUUACUCAUUGCUAACUUUUAUCCACAGAGCAUGAGCUAUGUAGCUAAAAUAAAUGCUGAACCUGAAAUUCACUGAGUAAAUAUGUUGAAACGCUGUAGAGAUUUUAGAAGUACACCAAUCUGUUACCUUUGGAUUAGUUUAAAGUUUAAACCAUAGAGACAGCCAGGAGCCGCCUCAAAGGCUGGGCGCCUACUAGUGAAAUGAUUUCCAAUUGUUAAGCGAGGUGGAUACUAGCAACUAGAGUAGCUAGUUGUUAAAUAUUUUGAACAAAACUUGAAUGUCUAUUAUAGUGCAUGCAUUGAAAACUACAAAGAACAUAUAUGUAUGUUGUGUGCAAGCCAAUAGAACGUAUAUAUAUAUAUAGAACGUAUAUGAUGCCAAGAGUCAGUCCCACGUAAAAAAUCUAAUGGAUUUUAAAACAAAACUAAAUGUGAAUUAAAUGUAUUUUUUAGAGGUUUAACGUUUUUUGCAAUUUAAAUAAGUGUUGUGGUUUCAUAUAAGGUAGUCAGAUAGCCAAGUGACUCCCGUCAAACAAACAAAUUAAUCUAUAUAUACAAAUCAAAUAUAUUGAUAAAACAUAUAUAUAUAGUAAACCACUAGUCAGCGAACUUGUACGAACACGUAAAACAAAAACAAAAUGGGAGAAAAACAAAUCAAAACCCUAUUAUAUUCUAUGUGUAAAUAUUAUUAGCAAGCAAAUUGUCCUUUGUUUAAGUUUGUAUUUUAGUGACAAAUUAUGUUAAGUUGGUUGGUUAACACAUGGAAAAAAAACAAAAAAAAAUAUUUGAAAAAUACCCAAAAAAUUUUCUAUUCUAGAUAUGCACCACGUUUCAUUCUCGAAAUGCGGUUUAUAGUUAUUAUUAUUAUUAUCACUACUGUCUAACACUUAAGUUGAUUGUUUCUUUGUGUGUUUUUGUUAUUCAAGAAAUGAAACGCAAUUUCAAGAUCUUUCUGUCACCUGUUUCCAAUACGAACACCUCGAUAUUUUUAGAGGAACUUCGGAAAUGAUUCUGUUUUGAAAGCAAAGCUUCGUUGCGGCUAAACUAAAAGUUGAUAGCACAAAGAUUAUUAAUGUUUUAUGACUCUUAUUAAUGUGUACGAUUACUUUUACUGUACGGUACUGUUAAUAUAUAACUACGUUACUGUUUAAUAUAUUUUAUAAAUGUAUACAGAUGUAAUAAAAAAUCAAAAUGAAA